UCCCCGUGGCUAGUUUAUGAACAGAGAGUUCUGAGGCUACACAUCUCAGCACAUACUCACCACAUCAUUGGCAGGAGGACAGUUUCCUGAUAGCUGCUGGGGCUUUACCAAAGAGGGGAGAAUGGACGCAGCACACAGGCUGAACAGAGAGGACAUAGCUCUGAAUAAACUGGGCGAUGUAGAGGCACAGACAGUCCCCUCUGGAAAAGUCUUCCGACCCAUCAACCUGAAUCACUACGCCACAAAGAAGAGUGCGGCUCAGAGCAUGCUGGAUGUUGCCUUGCUGAUGGCCAACUCGUCCCAGCUGAAGACUGUUCUCUAUGUGGGGCCUCGUUACCGUUUCUACAUCCCGCUCAUUGUCCUGCUGUCUCUGUCUAUCACGUUACAGGUCAUAGUGGGGCUGCUGCUCGUCUUUAUUGUGAAGUACGAUCUAAACGACGCCAGGAAACACGCCAAGUUGAACAGGCUGAACAACGUGGCAACAGUGUUUGUCUUCUUCACUGUCCUCAUCAAUAUCUUCAUCACAGCACUUGGAUUUGAGGGACAUGCUGUCAGGUCAUCGGUACCACCUAUGAUGUCAGUAAACGAGCCUCAGAUUUCCCCUGCUUUGCCCAUCGAUCUUAACGUGACUGGCGGCAUUUAGAGCAGCAUUUGGACCAAAAUGAACUGUUAACCUGUUACCUCAAAGCCUUGAAUUCUAAAGGGUUACAGUGACACAACAGGCUUUUUGUAACAUCAGCUCCCUGUUUAAAUUAUGACUGGUUUGGACAAGGAUUCACCAGCUGGAACAAACCUUGAAGUCCUGAAUGGAUUUAAUGACUCUAUCAUCACAUAGUCCUGAGAGGCCUUUGAGACUCCAGGCUGUGACCCAAAGAUAACCAAGUGAAAUGUCAUCCUCAGUGACCAUCGACCACAACCUCAACUCAGGAUCACAGCUGUUAAAUUCAACUUGACCAACCGAAAACCUGUUUGAAUGCAUUACCACUGCCUCAUCUGCCUUUGAGCACAGAUGGCAACAGACUCUUUUAGUGUACUUUUUUCAAACUAUUUAAAGCCUCUAACUUAUAAAUGUAUCAGUGCUUUAUAUUGUUUCUAUUCAAAUGUUGAAUUGGUGGAAUAAAGUUUUGUAACUAAAUAAAUGAAUUCAGU